AAGGAACUUACUGUAACCGGGACGCACUCUGUAGUUGGAGUUCCCUUCGUGAACUCCUUUACAGAAACUAAAGUCAGGCCAAUGCUUUAAUCAGUGCGCACUCAGAGAGAUAUCGCGGUCGGUUUCGUCUCACUUGCAAGCUGAAAGACUUGACCAAGUCGCCGGGUAGAGAGCGAGCAGAGCCAUGGCAGGGGACGGGUCAGACCAGCGGGCGCUGCAGUAUGAACAAACUCUGAUGUAUGGGCGCUACACCCAGGAGCUCGGGGUGUACGCCAAAGAGGAGGCCGCUCGGCUGAGGGAGAGCGGGCAGAGGCGAUCGGUCAGCGAACGAAGCCGGACCCUGGACCUGCUGGAGUACGACAAGGGGCGCUGUGCCAAGUGUCGCAUCUGCACGGUUCGCUGUCAGAAGUUCCUGAUCUCGCGGGUCGGGGAGGACUGGAUCUUCCUCAUCCUGCUGGGACUCCUCAUGGCCCUGGUCAGCUGGGUGGUGGACUUUUGCAUCGCCAUCUGUCUACAAGCACAGAAGUGGAUGUACGGUGGUCUGGACAGUAAUGUGUUUCUGCAGUAUCUGGCCUGGGUCACCUAUCCUGUAGUCCUCAUCACCUUCUCUGCUGGCUUCACCCAGAUUCUCGCCCCACAGGCUGUUGGUUCAGGUAUUCCAGAGAUGAAGACCAUCCUGAGAGGAGUUGUGCUGAAGGAAUACCUCACCUUCAAAACUUUCGUGGCCAAAGUCAUCGGUCUCACCUGCGCUCUGGGUAGCGGCAUGCCCCUGGGCAAGGAGGGUCCGUUCGUACACAUCGCCAGUUUGUGUGCCGCUCUCCUCAGCAAGUUCAUGUCUCUGUUUGGAGGAAUCUAUGAGAAUGAGUCGAGAAACAUCGAGAUGCUGGCUGCAGCCUGUGCUGUGGGAGUGGGCUGCUGUUUUGCUGCCCCCAUAGGAGGUGUGUUGUUCAGUAUUGAAGUAACCUCCACGUUCUUCGCGGUGAGGAACUAUUGGAGAGGUUUCUUUGCUGCUACCUUCAGUGCCUUCAUCUUCAGAGUGCUGGCUGUUUGGAACAGAGACGAAGAGACCAUCACAGCCCUUUUUAAAACCCGUUUCCGGCUAGACUUUCCCUUUGACCUCCAGGAGCUCCCAGCCUUUGCUGUCAUUGGGAUUGCCAGUGGAUUCGGCGGGGCUUUGUUUGUCUACCUGAACCGGCUGAUUGUCCAGUUCAUCAGGAAACAGAAGGCCAUCAACAGAUUCCUCAUGAAGAAACGUCUGCUGUAUCCUGCACUGGUCACUUUACUUGUUUCCACUCUAACGUUUCCCCCUGGCUUUGGACAGUUCAUGGCUGGCAAGCUGACCCAGAAGGAGUCUCUGGUGACGUUAUUGGACAACCGGACGUGGGCCAAGCAGGGCAUCGCUGAGGAGUUUGACUACAUCGGACACUCUCAAGCCUGGAAACACCCACAGGUCAACGUCUUCGUCACACUGGUCCUCUUCAUCGUGAUGAAGUUCUGGAUGUCUGCCCUGGCCACCACCAUCCCAGUUCCCUGUGGAGCCUUCAUGCCAGUAUUUGUCAUUGGAGCAGCUUUUGGUCGUCUGGUUGGAGAAAGCAUGGCAGCCUGGUUCCCAGAUGGCAUUCACACAGAUGGCACCAUCUACCCCAUAGUGCCAGGAGGCUACGCCGUCGUGGGUGCGGCGGCCUUGUCGGGAGCGGUCACCCACACGGUUUCCACCGCGGUCAUCGUGUUCGAGCUGACUGGCCAGAUCUCCCACAUCCUGCCUGUGAUGAUAGCGGUGAUCCUGGCCAACGCCGUAGCGCAGUCCCUGCAGCCCUCCCUCUACGACUCCAUCAUCAGGAUCAAGAAGCUGCCCUACCUCCCUGAGCUGGGCUGGGGACACCACGAGAAGUAUAAUAUUCGUGUGGAGGACAUCAUGGUGCGUGAUGUGCGCUACAUCACACUCAACUGCUGCUACAGAGACCUGCAUAACGUCCUACUGACGGGACACCUCAAGACUCUGGCACUAGUGGAAUCAGCCGAGUCCAUGAUCCUAUUGGGCUCCAUAGAGCGUGCCCAGCUCCAGUCGCUGCUCUCCCAGCAGCUCGGUCGCCCCAGGCGCCUGGAGUACAUCAGGGAACGGGCCGUCGCGGAGAAGAAACGCCUGUCGAUCGUGUCGAACCCGGACAGCGAGGACAGCAGCCAGCGGGUCAGUCAGGAGGUCCGCUUCCAGAUCUCUACUGAGGAAUCAACCUUCAGUCCUGUUCGUCCAGUCGCUCAGAAGCCUCUCAAACCUGCAUUGAAGAGACCCUCUGUGGUGGAGCGGCCCACCGAGAUCCCCACCAGCCCAAAUGAUAACUCCGGCAUUGCUUUGAAGAACCUGUUCUGCGCUAGUCCAGACACAGAAGGCCUGGAGGACGACGGAGAUGUGGAGGAUGACAUGACUAUUAGAGAGAUUGCAGAGUGGGAGGAGAUGCAGCUUGACGAGCAGGUCAACUUCAACAACUGCAAGAUCGACCCCGCCCCGUUCCAGCUGGUGGAGCGCACAUCGCUGCAUAAGACCCACACCAUCUUCUCCCUGCUGGGCCUCGACCACGCCUACGUCACCAGCAUCGGACGCCUCAUCGGGGUGGUUUCCCUGAAAGAGCUCCGCAAAGCCAUCGAGGGCUCUGUGACGGUGAAAGGGGUGAAGGUGCGUCCUCCUCUGGCCAGCUUCCGGGACAGCGGCACCAGCAGCAGCGAGAACGAAGCCACCGAGCUCCACAAGCUGUGGGAUCGCCACAAGAGCAUGUCGCUGCCCCGCGAACACACCCCCUCCGAGUCUGACGAGAAAUCCCAGUGAGGGAAAGCGGACGAGGAGGAGGAGGAGGAGGAAGAAGAAGAAGAAGAGCCGGUGGAGAAGGAGGAGGAGGAGGCAUUGAGAUCUUUAAUCCCCCAAAGCCACAAACAUGCAAAAAUCCUCAGGGCUUAGGAUCAAUAUUUAAUUCUGGAAAGAGUUCUACUGCUACGCCAGCCUCUUCGUAACUCCUCACUCCUCCGCUCAUCUACUCCUCCUUCUCUCCUCCAUCCACUUUGCUUCACGGACCCACCAGUGCUUUCCCCAGGGGUCUUGCACUAACCAAGCCAGACACUGCACGGCGGAGUGGAACACAACGCGACCUGUGCCCUGCUCUCCACUCACCCUCGGGAAAACCCACAGCAGAGCGAAUGUGGAUCGGUGGGAGGGGGGAGACGUUGGGGACUGGGAAUGGGCUGGAGUCUUAAAAAAAGGGAUUUUUGUUUUUUAGCAGACUUUGUUGAGCUUGUGUAUCUUUAGAGUCGGGUUAGCUUUUGGAAAGCGUCUUCCACUUGAAUUCAGCAUUGAUGACAAGGAGGAAUAAUGUAUGCCUGUACUGUAAGUGUGAGUGUGUGAUUGAUUGAUUGAUUGAUAAGAGAAAAUGUGAGUGUGCGUGAAGAGGGUGGUAGCAAACGACUAUUUCUUAUGCGAUCCUUUUUUUUUAUUGCCUUUAGAACACAUUUCAGUCUUUGUUUUCCAUCCAAUAACUGUAUUUCCAACUGAUCAGGUGGUCUGGGAUUAACUGGAAUUUGUCAUCGCACCCACUGACAAGCGCUGGACUAAGGGGACAGAUGCCUUAGUUUCCUGUUUUUCUUGCUUCCAUUACGCCUCUUGUCCCUGGUCUUCUCAUCUCUUUACUGCGAGUCUUAACGGUCAGGUUGAGAGAACAGUCUAUGCAAGCAGACUUGCAGUGCGGGCAGCGAUGGAAGCACCUGUAGCCCUCUUCAUAACCCGCACUCCUUUCACACCGUAUCCACGGCCUUACAUCAUACAGGCACACAGCGACACACGCAAACAAGACGGCGGCGAUGCGCUCCGAGAGUCGAGCUUCUCUGCUUAUCUAAAUAUAGCUCUUAAUAACCGCUCCAGAGAAGGUUGGCGGAUGGAGAGGCCAGGAAGCGAGGGAGAGACGGAGAACAGGCGGCGAAUGGAUGGCUGAAAGAAUGAACACAUCAUUACCUAACCAGCUGCUCUGGGCCCUCUCAUCAAUCUGCCUUUGAUUUCCACGUUAGCUGACCUCCGUUCCUAUCAGAUGCAGUGCCCCCCACCACCACCACCAGCUAUAUGAUGUAAUGGUCCAGGGCUUAGGCAGACACUGCUGUCAACAUAUGCAGCACCAGAUGACAGCAUGUGAGCAGCUAUAUGAUGUAAUGGUCCAGGGCUUAGGCAGACACUGCUGUCAACAUAUGCAGCACCAGAUGACAGCAUGUGAGCAGCUUGAUUAGCUUGAGUGAACCGAGGCAUGAUCCAGUGAGAUUACGCCGUGUAAAAACACUAAAGGAAAUCCAUAUGUGGCGGAUAAUGAGUGGUCAGAGAUGCAGUCGGACCAUUAAGAAUUGACCUUGUUUGCCAGCAUAAGUCAAAAUUGCUGAAUUAUCACUCCAGCUACUCGCCCAACGUGGCUGACUGAUAAAACCUGGAACUUGAGCCAUUAAUGUCUUAACGACAGCAUGGUUUCUGAUCCAGCGAGCGGUCUGACAUGACAGACAGCGUAUACGUGCUGUGUGUUUAAUAAUUCAUGUCCGCCAUAAUGCUCGAGGCUCCUCGGUGCGCUCUCUGCUACUCGACUGAAAAACAUUGAUUUGUUUUCCCUCUCCUCCGUCCCUCCAUCUUUUCCACUCCCAUUUCUUACUUAUGUGGGCUACUGACCCCAGAUGCAGUGAGUCCUGUAAGACACACUCCUUUUCUUCUUUCCAUCUUUUUUCUUUCAUUUUUUGAAAACGGAUGUCCACUACUGUCUAUUAGCUCCACUGUCUGGAUGCCUUAAAUAUGCAUUCACACCCGACUUCAUAGUGGUUUUCAGCAUUUGAUCUCCGGCAUGGAUUUGAUUUUUGGUGGUGUCUUGUCUUGCUGCGCGCCACUGAAAGUAGAAGAGACAGUAAAACAGCAUGGCUUUGCAUGACAGAGUGCAUGAGAGAUUUGUUUUAUAUGAUCAAAAUGUACCAAAAAGAAAAGCUUGACGGAAAUGAAUACGGGCCAAGUGAAUGACGUCGUGUCUUAGUAUGUUUGCCAUCUUGUGCCUGUAUGUUAUGUGUCUUUACAGUAUCUUAUUUUAUACUUCUAGUGUCAGAUGAUUUCACUUUGAUUGGCAUCUUCCAUUCAUCCAAUGAGCUUUAUUCAUUGCCUGUUUUUGAACUGGGGAUGGGUCUUUGGGUUAGCAAAGUUAUGCUUACAGAUUAAUAUAUUUAACAUCAUUCCUGUAAUAUAAAAUUAUAAUUUAAUGUCUUAACCAAUCUGAAAUUGUUGACUCUUCUCUUUUUGAAAGAGAUUUUGGAGGCUUGUUUUAUGAUAUUUUGUAUUUUUUUCCACAUUUGAUGAUUUUACAGUUUGAUUUUGAUGCAUAAUCCUUUAUUUUUUUUUAUCUUUUGACAUGCUGUCUGAUAUAUUUCUACUCUCUAAGACAUUUAUUUGUAAAGCGCAAAUAACACUAACAGGGUGAAGGCUCGUGAAGGCUCACGAUGGCUGCCUGAUAGGAAAGCAAAAAAGAAAUGUAAUUGUGAAGCCGAGGGAAGUUAAUGUUGACGGGACCAGCAUGUGGUCUGUUGGUGACAUGUUCAUUCCACAAGUGCCUGCAUCAGCUCUUCUUUAUCAAUAAGCAAUCGACACCUAAGUGUUUGGAUCUGGUUUUUUAGUCAUACGCAUGUAGACCAGGCACUUUUCACACACACACACACACGCACAAAUAUGUAAGCGGGGUGGAUGAUGUGUUAGCGCGGUGUGCAAUUAUCACCAUGGCAACCUGUCGUCGUCACAACCCCCCCAUCUGCUCGCCCCAGGGACUGACUGAGAUCCACUCGUCCGAUUUGGUUCUGUUCAUUUGUUUGUGCUUUUAAUCGAUUUUCAUUAUUCUGCCUUCUGCCAGAGCCUUCCCCUCCGCAGACGUUUCAGAGUUUUUCAUCUCAUUUGCUACCAGACAGAUAUAGACCGAGGUAGACGCAUAUUUAUUAGUCUGUAUUAAUCAAAGUAGAAGUUGUACAAUUUCUUGUUUCUCAUUCUUUUUAUGAAUGAUCUACUUGUAGGUAAUCAAUUUGUGCAAUAACGGUUGUUCAUUUCACUUUGUAACCCAGUUUUAAUUGAUGACAUGAAUGCAAGAUAACCUUAUUUUUGUAAAGAAACCUGAAAAGUGUAAAAAGAUGUAUGUAUAUGAGGAGAACCGACGCUCACACAGGAGCUUGUGUGUGAUAAAGUGAUGUUUGAAUGGCGGCUCGAGGGGGAAGGUUUCCCAAAAGCCUCAGUAAAAGCUAUCAGAGUCUCACUAGAAUCAGCAUUAAGAUGUUUAAGGACACUGUUAGGUGUUUAGCCUUUGUUCAUGAAGAGAAAUAGCUUCCACUCCUCAUUUUUAGUUUGGGAAACCUUCCCCGUGUGGUCUUGAAAGGCUCUGUGGUGGAUCCUGCUGCAUGGACUGUAGCUGGCGCUCUCAUACAAGCCCCCCCACCUCCCCCCUUAAGCACUGGCGCUGAGUCAGUUUUAUCAUGUCCUCUCUAUCCUCUUCUUUAGUCUGAGGGGCUUUGAUAAGACCAGAUCCUCACAUCAGCUGCUGAGGGUUAUCUUUUAUCCACUCCUUAGGGCUCUUAGGGACUGUACAUUGUACAUACUGGAGGCCCCCACUACCCCGAGGGCCACACCAGACGGAGCUGAACAAAAUCCAGAGCUAUUUUUCACACAGAAAAAUGAAACCUUGUUUUGUAUAUCAGGGAUGAAUAAAUGAGA